CCGGUCUUUUUCCCGCCUUUCUCGUAACACAUAAAUAAGGUGAGAGUGCAGCGUGUUGGGCGAGCCAACAAACGAGAUAUCCGACUUCUUCGGCAGAGGAGGGUAAAGGGAGAACGACGCCAUAUCGCAGGAUCCCAGGUCCUUCGAUCUCUCUCCUUCUAAUUGGCUAGAUCAUGAUGUAAUGAUCUCCUCUUCCUGUCGUCUUCACCAGGACUGGAGCGGAAAGAGAGAAUGACGCCAAGAUCCUAAGGUCCUUUGAUCUCUCUCCUUCUCAUCGGACAGGAGCAUAAAGAUAGGAGGUGGCACCACAAAGAUCAAGUUUCAAUCUCACUACAGUCUGACCUGUUCAAGCAAAGAAAUGGCAGAACAAGAGAGAGGUGCUCCUACUUCUGCUCCAAAAAUGAAAAGUCCAUCAAUAGAAGAAGAUUUUGAAAAGGAUUUCCUCAUCUCAUGGAAAUCAUCAAAACCAGGAAAACAGGCGAUGGAUCUUGAUGUGGAAACAGUCCCCCAAAAUAGAAAAAGUUCCUUUAACUUUGACAAACUUGAUGACUUUGAUCUUGGUGGUGACUUUGGAAAGUUGUCAUCUUUUGGAAUGGAUAUCUCCGAUCUGGACUUCUCUAUUCCACUCAAGAAGACUGCAAAUGCCAAUGAACAAGAAUCUCUCCCCAGAAAGCAAGACCUGAAGAAAGAGAAAUUCUCCUUUGCAUUUGAUUUUAAUGUGUUGGAUAAGUUUGAUCUUGAUACAAAAUUGGUGAAAACUGCAACGGGUUCCAGUAAAUGCAUGGAUGAUGGCGGGCCUCAUUGUUCUGAUGAAAUGCGUAAGCAUGAAAGUUUAUCCACUUCAACAUCUGCUCAUAUGUUGGAGCCUGAUGGACCAUAUCAUGCUGUCAUUAGACAUGGUUCAGCACAAGAAGCACUUUGUCAAGGUCAUAAAGAACUGCUCUGUCUGGAUUCUGUAAAGAAUGACACCUCCAAAGAAAAAGAUAGUGGUGUGAGAUUGCUUGCUGGUUUACAAUCUGGUAACUCUAGUCCUGUAAAGUCGUCCAACUCGAGGUGCUGCCCACCAAAUAAUAUCACAGGAUCACAAGAUUGCAGUAGCACACUUCAGAAUCAUGAGGUUGAUGAACAUGUUAUAACUGAAGGAAGUAAACCCACAGAUUAUUCAAUUCAAGUUGACAAUGAAGCUUCACGAAAUUCUGUCAAGGAGGUCACGAAUAAACAUUUUGAUGCUUCUUGUUUUCAAUUUCCCAUUUCUAAGAUUCCUGGUGGGGCUACUUCAAUCAUUAAUGCAAAGAGUACCAUGCCUAAUCUUCUUUCAGCUGCAUCUGUGAAUAGGCCUGAGAACAGUUUUCUUGAAGUCCAGAACAUAUCGCAAAAGGAUGAUAAAAAUCAUCUACCUAACUCGAUGACUUCAAGGAUUAAGGAAAACAGCAAUAUAGCAAACUCUUCAUCUAAUGGAGUCAUAAAUACAAUUAUAGUUUCGGAGAGAAACUUGACAUUGAAGAGGAAGACUUCCAAGGAAUCGUUGACAGAUCCAAAGGCCUUCAGUACAUUAAAACACAUCAAUUCUUCACCCAAGGGAAGGGUUACUUCAACCGGUUCUGCAAAGAUUAUCAUGCCCAAUUUUCUUUCAACCGCAUCUAUGAGUAGCCCAAAGAACAUUCCUUUUGAGGGCCAACAUAUAUUUCAGAAGGAUGGUAAAAAACAUCUACCUGGCUUGAUGACUUCAAGAAUGAGAAAAGAGAACAGCAGCAUAGCAAAUUUCUCAAUGGGCAAAGGAAGAAACACAGUUGGAGGAACAGAGGGAAACUUAGCGUCCAACUUGGUCAUCUCUCCUAUGACAGACAAGCCUGUGUUGUUAAGCCCAUCUCUGAAGAUGAAGACUCUCAAGGAGCCAUUGACAGAUCCAAAGGCCUUCAAUACAUCUAAACAAAUUGGCUCUUCACCUGAAAGGAUAUCAUUAGUAAUCUCCCCAGGAUCUGACACUGAAAUGGUACAAAGGGAAGAAAAUCCAGAAAGUUCUAGAAAUGAUGCUUCUUUUCAGAAUCUAUGUUCUCUAAAUGGUGCUUCUGAGCUAGAAAACAUGGACAUUGAAGUGCCUGUACAAAUAGAAGACCAUGGAAAUGUAGAGAAAGCUGAAUCUUGUUCAAAGGAGCUAGAUGAUCUAUGCAACAUGCUCAAAAAGAAACAUGACGAAGCGAAGGAGUUAAUGGUUCGUGCUGUCGUCAUCAACAACAAACUGCUGAUGCUGAACCAUCCCAUGAUCGAGGAGAAGAUAUCCUUCUGUCUCUAUGAUCUCUUCUUUCUCGUUCCCAGGUGCAAUUAUAACUGGGUGGCUCACCACCUCGAGAAACCCACAACAUGAAGUGAAGAUGAAUUGGUCUUCCCCUAGCAAUCCACCCAAAGAAAAGUGACAAUCUAGAAUUCGCUUAUAUGAUGGAGUGCUCAGAAUUGAUAUAUCUUCAGGUUUCAGUGAUGGCAUUCGGAUUUGGAAGUACCACCAAAUCUGCAGCUCUAUUCUUGCAAUCUCUACACUUUCAUUCUUUAGAGAAGUGGGAUGCACAACAUUGUUUGUGGAAAUUUCCAAUCAUGCCCAGUAUAAAGCUAUUCUGCUGGUAGCUUCUGCAUCACUGCUCCCAAACUCUAAUAGGUCAGUACAUCAUUGUAUGUGUGUUUCUAAUGUCCGUUCUUUCUGUAUCAACUGUAGUGAGUCCACUGACCAUAUCUUCUGAUAUUUCUUCGGUAUCAACAGUUGGCAACUUUGAGAGUAUAGGCUAGGUAUCAAAUUUAAAUUUCUUGCUAACUAGAAGGAUUGGGGCCUGGCUCAUAGAACGAGAUGGUGAGUCACUUUUUAUGUAUGCUGCUUGGAAGGCUGUUAUUGAUACAUCUUUCGGAUGCUAUGAAAGCCCGAAACAAAGGUUUAUUCAAAGGCUCCUGUUGUUCUCCUGGUAUUGGCAAAGUUGCUCUCCUACAGGCUAUGUUGAUAAACCCUUCCUCUGAGGGACCCCCUGAGAAAGACAUUUCAAUGUGAAAUGAGAGAGACAAUACUAGGCUAGGACAAACUAAAUUGUGAUGGAAUGUCGGAUCUUGUAACUGAUGGAGGUAUAGGUUUUGUACUGCAAGGGACUAAUGGAAACUGUAUUUGUAUGUGGCAAUUACCUAAAAAAGAGGGAUAGCUUCUACUUUGA